AUGUGUCGCAACAUCAGGUCGCCGUACCCCAACGUGCCCGACACCAUCAUCUCCACCCCCGUCCCACACGUCCUUCUGGUCAAGCUCAACCGCCCCAAGCAGCUCAACGCGCUGCGGCGGGAGAUGCACUACCACCUCGCCAACCUCUGGGCCUGGUACGACAGCGAGCCCAGCCUGCGCUGCGCCGUCAUCACAGGCACAGGCCGCGCGUUCUGCGCCGGCGCCGACCUCAAGGAGUGGAACGACGCGCACGAGGGCUCGGCCAACGUCGAGGAGGUCGAGAAGUGGACGGACGACGGGUUCGGGGGCCUCAGUAACCGCCGGGGCAAGAAGCCCGUCAUCGCGGCGGUCAACGGCCUGUGUCUCGGUGGGGGGAUGGAGAUGGUCCUCAACGUCGACCUCGUGCUGGCGGGUGAGGCGGCCAAGUUCGGCCUCCCAGAGGUCAAGAGGGGGGUGGUGGCCAUUGCGGGAGCGCUGCCACGGCUGACCAAGCUGGUGGGACGCAUCCGCGCGACGGAGAUGGCGCUGACCGGGCGCAUGUUCACCCCGGAGAAGAUGGAGGCCUGGGGGGUCGUGAACGAGGUCGUGCGUGCGCCAAAGGACGUGGUGGAGGAGGCUCUCCGCUGGGCGGCAGAGAUUGCAGGUAAUUCACCAGAUUCGGUCUUGGUCAGUCGGGAGGGUCUAGUCAGCGGCUGGGACGGCGAGGAUCCCCAGCAGGCGACGCUGCGGGUGGGCAACACCAUCUUCAAGAAGAUGGACGGCGGAGAGAACAUGAAGGAGGGCGUCCUGAGUUUUGUGGAGAAGCGCCCACCCGUCUGGAAAGACAGUAAGCUUUAG